AUGUCUAAUCUAGCGGUUAAGCAUUUCCAAAGUCUUAUAUUAUGUUUCUGCUCGGUUCACAGCUUUUUGCAAAGCGGCUCGACAGAGAUAUCUGACAGGCUUGCAAAUGUUACGCAAACUAUCUCGAGGAUUCUCGAUGGUUACGACAUUCGACUGAGGCCGAAUUUUGGCGGAGAACCCUUGUUCGUUGAAAUGGAUCUAACGAUAGCAAGUUUCGACGCUAUUUCUGAAGUCAAUAUGGAUUACACGAUAACGAUGUACCUCAAUCAAUAUUGGAAAGACGAGAGGCUGGCUUUCUCGCACGAAAAGGAGAUUCUCACUCUAAGUGGAGAUUUUGCCGAGAAAAUCUGGGUGCCGGACACCUUUUUUGCAAAUGACAAACAUAGCUUCCUUCACGACGUAACGGAGCGCAACAAACUCGUGCGCCUCGCUGGUGACGGAUCGGUGACGUACGGCAUGAGGUUCACCACAACCCUCGCGUGCAUGAUGGACCUGCACUACUACCCCCUCGACUCGCAGAACUGUACCGUGGAGAUCGAGAGCUAUGGCUACACGGUGUUGGAUGUGGUGAUGUCCUGGAAGGAGACGCCGGUGCGAGGCGUCGACGAGGCCGAACUGCCCCAGUUUACGAUAAUCGGCUACGAGACGAACGACCGCAAGGAGAAGCUCGCCACCGGCAUCUACCAGAGGCUCUCCCUCAGUUUCAAGCUCCAGCGUAACAUUGGCUACUUCGUAUUCCAGACCUACUUGCCCAGCAUCCUUAUCGUGAUGCUCAGCUGGGUUAGCUUUUGGAUCAAUCACGAGGCUACCAGCGCCCGCGUCGCCCUUGGCAUAACAACCGUGCUGACAAUGACGACGAUAUCGACGGGGGUGAGGAGCUCUUUGCCACGCAUCAGCUACGUGAAAGCCAUCGACAUUUACUUGGUGAUGUGCUUCGUCUUUGUAUUCGCUGCUCUGCUCGAGUAUGCCGCCGUUAAUUAUACGUAUUGGGGCGCACGGGCGAAAAAAAAGAGCAAGAAGAAGGAGACGGAGGAUAAAAGGACCAUCUGUUCUUCAAGGACUGGCAGCAAGGCGAGCUCUCCAUUUCCGGGCUCGACCGACGCCGACAUAAUCGAGCUCCAGGAUCUGCGUCUGUCGCCACUGCCGAGUAUAAGGAACCGCUCGGGCCUGGUGAGCACCGCUGGCACACCCGGGUCCCAGGCUCGGGAGCAGCUCCAGCAGGACUCCGCCAAGUUUCCACCGAGCUUCAGGAUAUGUCGAGCGCCGGUCUAUGGAGCACACGUCAAGACUCCUGGACUACGAUAUCGGGGUGUGCGCCAGCAAAGACCCAAGGUUCUACACGCGAUUCGCCGUGGCGCGUCGGUCCUGAAGGCGUCGAUGCCGAAAAUCAAGGACGUCAACCUCAUCGACAAAUACUCGCGAAUCAUUUUCCCCGUGAGCUUUAUGCUCUUCAACGCCGUCUAUUGGAUAUUCUACGUGCUGUGAGGCACCGCUGGCAACUAUGGGAAAUUGAUGGAUAAGAA